CAAACAUUUGAAAACAGGGAGUUUACAGUCGUUAACUUGUACGAACGUACAAGUACACAACCAGUGGAAAAAAUGUAUGCGGGUUUGUCGGAACUCGGAAUAUCCAAUGGCGAAGAUCUCAAAGAAACUCUCACGAACUGCACAGACCCUCUGAAAGCGAUCGACCAAUUUCAGACGGAGAAUGGCAUUUUGUUGCCCACUCUGCAGUCUGCUCUACCUUUUCUUGAUCUACACGGCACCCCAAGACUAGAGUUCCACCAGUCAGUCUUUGACGAGCUGCGAGACAAGUUAAUGGAACGAGUCGCUGUCAUCGCAGAGGGCAAAGAAGAAGACAGGUACACGAAGCUCGAAGAGCUUCUGGAGAAAAGUUUCCCUCUAGUGAAGAUGCCCUCGAUACAACCUGUUGUCAUGCAAGUCUUAAAACAUCUGCCGAAGGUUCCUGAGAAGAGGCUGAAGCAGGUCAUGGCUGAUAAGGAGCUGUAUAAAGUCUGUGCCGUGGAGGUGAAAAGACAGAUAUGGCAGGACAAUCAGGCCCUUUUUGGUGACGAGGUUUCUCCUCUGCUCAAACAGUACAUCGUGGAGAAAGAGGCGGCUCUCUUCAGCAAUGACCUUUCCAUUCUCCAUAACUUCUUCAGCCCUUCUCCCAAAACCCGUCGACAAGGAGAGGUAGUGUUGAAGCUGACGCAGAUGAUCGGGAAGAACGUGAAGCUGUACGACAUGGUGCUGCAGUUCUUGCGCACGCUUUUCCUCCGCACGCGCAACGUUCACUACUGCACGCUUCGUGCCGAGCUCCUCAUGUCCCUGCAUGACCUUGACAUCAGUGAGAUCUGCUCCGUCGACCCCUGCCACAAGUUCACCUGGUGUCUGGAUGCCUGUAUCAGGGAGAAGUUUGUGGAUGCCAAGCGGGCUCGGGAACUCCAAGGGUUCCUGGACGGAGUGAAAAAAGGACAGGAGCAAGUUCUGGGGGAUCUGUCCAUGAUUCUGUGUGACCCAUUUGCCAGCAAUACUCUGGUUCUGAGUACAGUCCGGAACCUUCAGGAGCUUGUCAGUCAGGACGCUCUGCCGAGAGACAGUCCUGAUCUUCUCCUUUUGCUGAGGAUGCUGUCUCUUGGACAAGGGGCCUGGGAUAUGAUUGACAGCCAGGUUUUCAAAGAGCCAAGACUGGAGUUGGAGGUGGUGACCCGUUUCUUGCCGGCCAUGAUAUCCAUAGUGGUGGAUGACCACAUCUUCACGGUGGAGCAGAAGUUACCCAGUGAGGAGAAGACCUCCGUCACCUACCCUACCGCCCUGCCCGAAACUUUUACAAGGUACCUGCUGGAGAACCGAGUGGCAUGUGAAAUUGGCCUGUACUACGUUCUCCACAUCGCUAAACAGAGGAACAAAAACGCCCUGCAGAGGCUACUGCCCGCUCUGGUGGAGACGUAUAAUGAUGUGGCGUUUGGAGACAUCUUCCUGCACUUGCUGACGGGACAUCUCACCCUCCUCUCGGAUGAAUUUGGAUCCGAGGAAUUCUGCUCGGCCGUUUUUGACGGUUUCCUCCUCACCUCAUACUCCAGCAAGGAAAAUGUGCACAGACACACUUUGCGUCUGCUGAAUCACCUUCACCAGAAAGUGGCACCAUCUUCCAUGGAGACUUUGAUGAAGACUCUGGAACCUCCAAAACAGAGUAGUGAACCAGUAAAGGAACUGUACACCCAACUGACGGAGAAACUAGAGGCCUCCAAGAGAAGCCCUCCAGAACCAGAGGAAACUCCUUCUCUGGACUUAGGCCUCCAUCCUGUUACCGUGCCGACCACACCCUCCACCCCGACUACCCCAAUCUGAGAACUAGAGGGAGAAAGGUCCAUUGGCUUCAGUCAACAUGUACCCAUCUUGGAGCAACAUUCCUGAAGAAAACACU